CCCAAAUCUUCCUUCUCCACGAACAAAACGUGAAUAAGAAAUAUCCUUACAGUUGAGGCUGAAGGAAACAACAAGUUUGAAGAUGGACGAAGAUCAAGGUAACGACGGGUUUCUAGACAUGGGAAAAGCUGAUAAAUCGGUAUGGUUAAUGAAGUGCCCCAUCGUGGUGGCCAAGUCAUGGGAGAACCAAGCUUCUUCUUCUGAUUCUCAGCCUGUCGCCAAGGUCGUCUUCUCUCUCGACCCUCUCAAACCCAACGAGCCUCAGUUUACUAUGGAGAUGGUUGGAUUGGAGACCGAAAGAAUACUGAAAAGCUACACUUUGAACAUGUUCAAAGACUUUGUUCCUAUGUGUGUCUUCUCUGAAACAAGUCAAGGUCAUAGUUUUGGUUCUUUACUUCCAUUGCUUCUCAGCUGUUCCAGUUUGUGUUUUUAUCUAUUGUUUCUCUCUUCCCCCCCGGAAACAUUGCUGCUCACUGCUAAACCUCGAUUUUCAAGUCUCGCUCCUUCUUCACUCGGCCUCUCUAUUUUGCAGCGACGCCUCGAGGUCGUCGAUCGGAAGAGUUUCUUUGUCUAGUCGUCAUCGGAACUUUUCCACCAUGGCUGGCGCUGAAGACUUUGUUAAAGGAAAUGUUCGCCCAAACGGCGUUAUAUUUCCACCGAGUGAUUAUGAGAUAGGGUGAAAGAGGGAAACGUCUGGGUUUUUCUUUUGUUUGCAAGAUGGAGCAUUAAUGUGCUGAAAAUGUGAUGUUCCUAUACAUACAGCAAAUCCUUAUGUCUCUGCCUCUCUGGUCAUCAAAGAUUUCUGCUAACUGAAGUAAAGUUGGUUUUGAAACAACUGACCCUGGUGCAUCGUCUUCUGAUGUCAAAUCACCUUCUACUGAAAAUACUUCAGAAACUAAAACUAAUUCUAUAUCUAGAAGGGGGGUCUCCUAUGGCAUUUACUGGUGGAUAUAAUGUCAAUGAGGUCCUAUCAUCAAAUAUUGGAUACGGGAACAGUGAGCUGACAAAAGUAACAUACGCAAGGGGUUCUACACCUGGAAGCAUACAGACAUGGCAAAUGGAUGAUUUAUUUGGGCCGACUGACUUCAAUCGAAACUAUGGUUACAUGGAAGAUGUGUCAUCUAAGGUUCUCCUAUAGUUGUUUUGUACCAUGUUUUAUAUGGGUCUAAUGUAGAGCAGACGCCUCCCAUUUUGUUAUUGUUUCGAAUAAUAUUUGUGUGUGUGCAAAAUGAGUUCUUUAUUAGGUUAUAUUAUACUAAUGUUGUAGCUCAGCUAGUAAAUUAAACUAUACAAUGUUUGAGUUCUGUAUGGGUUAUUUUUGCUGGAUUCUUCCAGGCUGAUAGUGGCAAGAAUGGAGAUUCUCACAGUUCAUCAAUCUUGAGAUCUGCUGAUGACGAGUUAGAUGAUAAUGAGCGCUUG